UUUGCUGUUGGCACUGCUCCCUAGUGGUAGGUCAGUGAAACUACAACACCUGCAUCCUUGUGCCAAGUUUCGUUUUCGUCAAAAAAGAUACACACACGUGUGUUUGACAGAGGCACAAAACCUAAAACCACAAUCGACAUGCACACGACUCGUAUCAGCGCAGAGAUGGCACGGAAUUACAGUCGUCUUGUGGAUGUGACGUCUGACACACAGAUGCAUCACCAUUCCCCAGUGUCCUCGAGCCAAGUUUGGCCCCAGAGCUCCACAGAGGAGGAAGGGGAGUGGAGCACGUCUCUCAUGGACUGCUUUGAGGAUGCAGCCAGCUGCUGUUAUGGGUUCUGGUGCUGCCCGUGCCUCUCCUGCACAGUGUCUGGGAGACUACAGCACCCAUACUGCCUGCCUCUGUGUGACUGUGUGAGCUCGCUCUGUCCUGUCCCUCUGCUGGUGCCCCCUGCUGGUCUCGCUCUGCGUGUGGCCAUGAGGAGCAAGUACAAAAUCAAGGGCACUCUGUUCAAUGACAUGGUUGUAGCCUGCUGCUGCUCGUGGUGCUCUUGGUGUCAGAUGCACCGUGAGCUAAAACACAGAAUGAAACCCCGCCAGAUAAUCAACGUCCAGAACGUGGUGAGUGUGCAGCCCCUGCCCACCACCAACAUGACCCCGGCAACUGUUACUAUGGACAACAGUGACAACGCUCUGCCCAAGUAUUAGCCUUGUGCUCAUCCACACUGCUAAACUACUUGCACAUCAUAUAUGCAUCUAUAUCAUAUCAUUACCAUCAUAUAUGUUCCCUACUCUAAGCAUUCUAAUUUUUUUUUUUCUAUUUAAAGGAGUCCUUUGAUGUGUUUUGGCUAUUUUAUAUUGUGUUCCUUGUAUGAUUCAAUUCUGAUCUAAAAGGAGUUAGUUACAAAAAGGGGUCCAUAACUUCAAAACUGUUCAAAACUGUUCAAAACUGCAGAAUCAAGUAGCAUUUCACUGAUUGUUAUCAAAAUGCGGUAUUUUUUUUAGAGUUUUCUGAAAAGUACUUUGUAUAAAAGAAAUUUUAAUUGUUGAGUAUUUACUUAAGUGUUGAGUGCCUUCUAAACAUUUCAGGAAGGGUGAAUGGAGUUUAAAAGUUGUAUAUAAUAAAAAUGAAUAACAAAAUAAUAAA